AGGGGAUCGAAGCAACAUCACUUUUUUGAUCAGAAAACAUGGCUUCCUUGAAAGAUAUUUGUGACGGGCUUCCAGUGGAUCCUCUGCCUCCUCCCAAACCGAGAGAUUCUAACACGGCACAUGCACCAACCAGGGUGCCCAACCUUACACCAGAGGAAGAGAGGCUUGCUUUGCAGAAUGCUUUGCGAUAUUUCCCAUCGGAGCUCCAUGACGUCUUGGCACCAGAGUUUGCUCAAGAAUUGAGACAGUAUGGCCACAUUUACAUGUAUCGCUUCCGUCCUGACAUUGAAAUGAGGGCUUACCCUAUCAAUGAGUACCCAUGUAACUCCAGACAAGCUGCCGGCAUCAUGCAUAUGAUUAUGAACAACCUCGACCCAAGGGUGGCUCAGUUUCCUCAUGAGUUGGUAACAUACGGUGGCAACGGACAAGUCUUUUCCAACUGGGCCCAGUUUCGUCUAGUGAUGCAUUAUCUAUCUGAGAUGACGGAUGACCAGACUUUGGCGCUCUACUCAGGACAUCCAAUGGGUCUCUUCCCUAGUCACAUCGAUGCACCUAGGGUGGUAGUCACUAAUGGCAUGAUGGUGCCCAAUUAUUCAUCCCGUGAGAAUUACAAUCGCCUCUUUGCUUUAGGUGUUACUAUGUAUGGACAGAUGACUGCUGGUAGCUUCUGUUACAUUGGUCCUCAAGGCAUCGUACAUGGAACAACGAUUACCGUCCUGAAUGCUGGUCGCCAGCAGCUGGGUACCAGUGAUCUGAGAGGUCGGGUCUUUGUGACCUCUGGCCUAGGAGGAAUGAGUGGCGCUCAAGCUAAAGCUGCAGUUAUCUGCGGAUGCGUUGGAGUCAUUGCUGAGAUUAGUAAAGAGGCACUGAUGAAGAGAUAUAAGCAAGGCUGGUUGAUGGAGAUAACAGAUAAUCUUGACAUCUGCAUUGAAAGAAUCAAACGAGCUAGAAAGGAGAGGACACCCCUCAGCCUGGGCUACAAUGGGAACAUAGUGGACAUUUGGGAGCGUGUUGCAGCAGAGUAUGACAGUACAGGAGAGUUACUGGUUGAUCUAGGAUCGGAUCAGACCUCUUGCCAUAACCCCUACAAUGGAGGCUACUACCCAGUCCAGCUUAGCUUCGAUGAUGCCAAUGUCAUGAUGGCUGCAGAUCCUGCUAGAUUCAAGAACCUGGUCCAGGAAAGCUUGCGUCGUCAGAUUGCUGCCAUCAACAAGCUGUCUGAUCGAGGGUUGUAUUUCUUUGACUAUGGGAAUGCCUUCCUGCUAGAGGCCAGUCGAGCAGGUGCUGAUGUGAUGAAGGAAGGAGAUCAAACUGGGAAUCGGUUCAGAUAUCCAUCAUAUGUUCAGGAUAUUAUGGGCGAUAUAUUUUCUCUUGGCUUUGGUCCUUUCCGAUGGGUGUGUACAUCGACUGACCCAAAUGACCUGGCCACAACGGAUGACAUUGCAACAACUGUCCUGGAGGACUUCAUCAAUCAAGGAGUUCCCGAGACAACCAAGCAACAAUACGAAGACAACAUUCGCUGGAUAAAGGAAGCUAAUAAGCAUAAGCUGGUGGUUGGUUCCCAAGCACGCAUCCUCUACUCCGAUCAGCGAGGUCGUAUGGCCAUCGCAGCCGCUUUUAACCAAGCAGUCAACGAUGGCAGGCUACAUGGCCCGGUGAACAUCAGCAGAGACCAUCACGACGUCAGCGGGACAGACAGUCCGUUCAGAGAGACUUCAAAUAUAUACGAUGGAUCUGCCUUUUGUGCAGACAUGGCAGUCCAGAACGUGAUCGGAGAUUCAUUCCGAGGUGCUACGUGGGUGGCUCUACACAAUGGGGGAGGUGUCGGAUGGGGUGAGGUGGUCAACGGAGGCUUUGGUCUGAUGCUGGAUGGAUCAGAGAGGGCUGGAGAGAGAGCGAAAUCCAUGCUAGCCUGGGAUGUCAGUAAUGGGGUGGCCCGUCGGAGCUGGUCAGGCAACACUAAAGCCCAGGAGACCAUCUGCAGAGCCAUGCAGGGCAAUAAUAAGCUGAAGGUGACCCUGCCGCACAAUGUCCAGUCUGACGUACUGGAGAGAGCCUUCAGAGACUAAACCAGACUGACACAAUCUCCUCUACAUCCAUCCCUCUACAUUAGCAUCAAAACUAGGGCAACAUUUCAGGGGGGCACAAGGGGGAGUGGGGAGGCACCAUUUUUCUUUGGGGGCCCCUUUCGGCAAUUAAAACUGUAGUUUCCGUACACUGGACACUAUUACUCAAAAUAAUGAUUUGCAUAAAAACUGACUUGGUGAUGAACAAUGGAGAGUUGUUGA